AUGUGUUGGGGUUUACAGCUCAUCUCUGUUUGUCGUUUGUGCAGGACUCGUACUCCUUCCCCCGAAAUCCAAUGGCAAGGCUGCCAUCUCGAGCUCCCUGAAGGUCAGUCUUAUCCACUCUGUGCCGAGCCAACGAUCACAACGGAGCUCAAGCACUUCGAUUGCCAGGCUUGUCUGACAGAAGCAGACGACGGCCACAAUCCCGAUGAUCUAUACCCGGAGCCUCCACAUCAUUCUGGUUUUCCUCUCCCUAAAGCUCAGGUCCAUCUUUCCCAAGCACGACUUCCAGCACCAACCGCCUACGAGACGAUUCAAACCAUUGAAAAUCGUGCGGGACCUAUUAACGAGCUGCCUAGUUAUACUGACUCCAUGAACGAUUCACCUAGUGCUCCCCAUUAUGCCUUGGGACUAGUGCGAGCAGAGAGGGCUAACAUCACGUCUAGGGUUCAUGCAAUCACAGCAAGCCGCCUUGAGGAAUUCCGACCUGUCGCUAUCAGACGCCGUCAAGAGAUCCACAACUUCCGAAGCAGUGUUACAAACCUCGAUAGCUCAAUAGCAAACUUGCUAACCGUUGCCGAAAACACAAUCGAUUCAAUUCUGUCCGAGCGAGAGGAAUCAGUCUCUCGGGUGAAUACUCUGCAUGAACGUCUUCAGUCCGUCGAAAGAGAGAUCAAUUUCCAGGGACCGCACUAUCCUAGCCCUCCAGAGAUGGCUCUGCUCUUGCAACAACAACAAUCCAUCAUCAGGGAACUCGAAGAAAGGUAUAUACAAAACUACACGAUCCCAAGCGCUGAACAAUGGGAUUUGAGAUUUCAGGCGUUGCAAGAUUGUAUCCUUGAGGAACAUCGCAGGAGUCUGGAAGCUAGACUUGCAGUGAUGCGUUUGUAG